UCACCUGUAUGGUGACGUCCUUUCAAAACCAGGAUUUGAGCUUUCGGUAAAAGUGCCCAGCCACGACGAAGAAGACGUGAGAGUUGGGGAUCGUCUAGACAAAACAAGCAAGGACUGCUACUGUACACUUUAACAUGGAUAUGUUUAACAAGCUGAAGAGUACAGUGGGUGGUUUGAUUGGUAAUCCUGUAAAUCGUGAGUUUGAGAUCACUCGUCACAUUGGAAGUGCUGGACCAGGCUGUCUGUGGAAGAUAUAUCAUGCAUUUAAAAAGACUACAAAACAGGAAGUAGCGGUAUUCGUAUUUGAAAAGCGUCUGCUAGAUCAGUACUUGCGAAAAGACCGUGAACUAAUCCUACAAGUGUUAAGACAAGGUGCUACUCGUCUCACAAGGUUACGCCAUCCACGUAUUCUCACUGUCCAGCAUCCAUUGGAAGAAUCCAGGGAUAGCCUUGCAUUUGCUACUGAGCCGGUCUUUGCAAGUCUAGCCAACAUUCUCGGCUACACAGAAAACAUGCCUUCGCCCCCGCCUCCUGAACUUAAGGACCAUGAAAUGUUUGAUGUGGAAGUCAAAUACGGUCUGCUACAGAUUACUGAAGCACUUGCUUUUUUGCAUAAUGAUGUGAAAAUGGUGCAUGGUAACCUCUGUCCUGAGAGUAUUAUCCUCAAUGCAAAUGGUGCAUGGAAAGUAUCUGGCUUUGAUUUCUGCAUUCCAUCAUCAAGUCCAAAUGAUCAGGAGGCUACUUUCAGUCAUAGAGAAUGGAACAGUGAUAUUCCACCAGAUGCCAAUCCAAACCUGAACUAUUUGGCUCCGGAAUAUGUAAUGACCAUGUCAUGUGAUACAGCAAGCGACCUAUUUUCUCUGGGCAUGCUUACAUACACAUUGAUGAAUUCUGGAAAAAAAUUUUAUUCUUGCAAUAAUAAUUUGAAAGUGUUCAAAUUAAAUAUGAAUGAGUUACGUUCUCUUAACCUUGCCAAAUUAAGUAUGCUUCCAGAUGGUUUAAAGGAGUAUGUAAAGAUGUUAUUGAGUUUAACAUCAACUGUACGUCCAGAUGCCGACCAAAUGACCAAAAUUCCAUAUUUUGAUGAUGUUGGUGCAAUGACGCUUCAGUACUUGGAUUCCUUGUAUCAACGUGACAAUCUUCAGAAGUCGCAGUUCUUCAAAGGACUCCCCAAGGUGCUCUCAAAGCUCCCAAAGCGGGUUGUCCAUCAAAGAGUGUUACCUUGCCUGUUCAAAGAGUGCAUAAAUCCAGAUAUGAUUCCUUUUGUUUUACCAAAUAUAUUAUUAAUUGCUGAUGGAUGCACGGAAAAAGAGUACACACAGCUUAUCCUUCCUGAACUAAAACCAAUAUUCAAAAUUCAAGAGCCUGUACAGAUCUUAUUAAUAUUUAUGCAGAGGAUGGAUCUCUUAUUAAGUAAGACACCUCAGUCAGAGAUUAAGAACCAUGUACUACCAAUGCUGUACCGUGCACUUGAAGCGCCCUCACCUCAAAUUCAGGAGUUGUGUUUGAAUAUCUUGCCGACGUUUGCUGGAAUGAUUGAGUACUCGUCCAUGAAAAACGCAAUAAUGCCCAGGAUCCGACAGCUAUGUCUGAACACUGAGAGCCUAGCACGGCAUAGGAAGCGUGGGGAUGAAUUUGAUGUAUGUAAUGCGUUUAUGUACAUGUGUGUUACGCUGAGUAUAAUAAAAACCACCAUGGAACAUAAAAAGCUUGGAAUUACGAAAGAAAUGAGCGCCACCAAGAUUCUCCCGUUCUUAAUUCCUCGUUGCAUAGACAACGCACUAAAUCUAGAACAGUUCAAUGCCUUCAUGUCGGUAAUUAAAGAUAUGAUUUCGAGAAUUGAAACUGAUCAUCGUGGAAAACUAGAACAGUUAUCCUCCAUGCAACAAGAACAAAGACAUGCUUUAAAGUUUGCACGAGAUACACAGGAGAGCCAAAUGGAAGGACCUCCUAAGACUGAUUCCUCCGAUGGUAUUAUGGAUAGUAUGUUCAAAACUUUUGGCCUGACCAGUUUUCUAGGUUCAUCCGCAAAAAAGUUUGAUGCAGCAAAUGAUGAUGGGAAAGAGAGUUCAACAGAAAUGGAACUUCCAACUUCGUCACAAAAGAAGAGUCCACCGAAAGCAAGUAGUGUGUCUUUGACAUUAGAGGAGAAACAAAGGUUGCAGAAGGAACAGGAGCAGCAGCAACGAUAUAAAGAGCAGCAGAAAAUCCAGCCAACGAUGGUGACAACCACUAAAGCCCAACCAAAAAAUCUUACUCAUACUCUAAUGGACUCUAACUUAGCAGGCUUAUCAACAAAGACAAACACUAGCAUGUCAUCAUCACAGCGACCUUUUACUCCCUCUUCUAUGGGAACCUACUCCAGCUCCAAUUCAAGUCACAUGAACUUUGCUUCUAAGCCUGCUCCAUCACAAAAUCAGAAAAUAGACCUGUCAUCGUUUGAUUCCCUCUUGCCAAGUAAACAGAACAGUCAAAAGGUUCCCAUGAACCAAUUAGGUCAAAGGUCAACUGGAAGUGGCCUUGGACAGCCAGGUAUCAUGGGUGGUAGUGGAAUGAAUGGUAACCAAAGAAUAAUGGGAAGUUCAGUAAUGAUGGGAAGUCAAGGUAUGAUGGGAAGCCAAAGUAUGAUGGGAAAUCAAAGUAUGAUGGGAAAUCGAGGUAUGAUGGGGAAUCAAAGUAUGAUGGGAAAUCAAGGAAUUAUGAGAACUCAAGGCAUUAUGAGUAGCCAAGGUAUGCUGGGAAAUCAAGGGAUGAUAGGUAAUCAAGGAAUGAUGGGUAAUCAAGGGAUGAUAGGAAACACAGGAAUAGUUGUACCUUCUCAAGGAAUAAUGAACAGUUCGUUUAAUCAAGUGAAUUUACUAAGUAAUACUAAGAAUGGUGUGAUGAAUCCAAGUAGUGGGAUGAUGGGAAGCUUCGGAGAAAUAGGUCAACAAACUGCAAUGUCACAAGGCAACCAAAAGCCAGUAAACUCUUCCACAUCUGCAUCAAAUGAUUUAGCGGAUUUACUUGGUUAACACAGAUAUGAUUAAUUAAUAGUCUUGUGUUUAAAUACAUUUUUUUAUAUUCAUUGAUAUGGUUAAAAUGAUCCUGCUCAUGUUUAAAAUAUAGCCAUAGCUCUCAAUAUUAAUAUUACCUUAUUUUUGUGAAUUUAAGCUUAUAAUAUUAUACAGACCACAUAUUAAGUCUCAUCUCAAACCAUAUACACUUUAUUUUAUUAAAUGUAUUUGUUAUUAAGGUAAUUUAUAAAGUUCAUUAUCAUUGAUUAAUUUUAAUGUUGCUUGAGAAUGAAAUUAAAAAUGUUCAGAUGUUUGUGUGAUAUUAAGGCCUGUUCACACUAUCAAGUCUCAUGUAACAGAUUUGUGUGAUUUUGCCCUUAUAUGGGCCACAACCAUAUAU